AUGGGCAACGUGAUAUUUUCGUUAAUCUGGCUCCUCGUCCUUAUAUUCGUAGCAUUUUGGAUUGCGGGGAUAGCAGCCGGCUUUUACAUAAUUAUUCUGCCCUUUACAGUGUGUAUAGAGGCAUUAUCGGGUUUAACUGAUUUCUUAUUAUCAGUAGUACAGUUUCCGAAGUACUGCGCUCAAGCGAUGGUGGACGGAAAAGGAUUCGAUUAA